GUAUGGCCGAAAAAUGGCGCUUGGCGAUUGGAAAAAUUCGAAAGGGUUUGGCUAUAAAAAAUGCAGAAGACAAUGGGCCUACGAAAAAAGACCAAGCUAGUUCCGAUACCCUAUUCGAUGGUGAACAACCAACGCUAGAGGAGAUCCGUAGCUGGGGCAAAAGCUUCGACAAACUAAUGCGAAGCCCCAGCGGGCGAAAAGCGUUCCGGGAGUUUCUGCGCUGCGAGUACAGCGAGGAAAACAUACUCUUCUGGCUGGCCUGCGAAGAGCUGAAAAAGGAGACGAACCCGGAAGCGAUAGAGGAGAAAGCUAGGUUUAUUUAUGAAGACUAUAUCUCGAUUUUAUCGCCGAAAGAGGUAUCGUUAGAUUCGCGUGUAAGGGAAAUAGUUAAUAGAAAUAUGGUGGAACCAACGCCGCACACGUUCGACGAAGCUCAACUACAAAUUUAUACACUUAUGCAUAGAGAUUCGUAUCCGAGAUUUAUAAAUUCCCCGCAAUUCAAAACACUGGCCCAAAUUCCAGAGGGAGUGUCGGCGUCCGGUUCGACGGCAGAAAGUCCCAGCAAUUAGAGCACCAGAGUUUGUGUUUUUUUUUU